CGCACGUCUUGCUAAACACGAAGAAGCGCCGCUCUCCCCCAGCUUCCCCCAAACCCCAACCAUGGCAGCCGCCGCCCAUCCCGCCGCCGACCAAAACCCUAAGCCUAGGGACGCCGAGCCCCACGUGCCCGCCGCCGAAACCGAGCCUGAGUUCGCGGAGGAGGAGUACGAAGAGGAUGGAGAGGAGGAGUACGAGGAUGAGGAUGAGGAGCUGGACGGGCCCGCGGCCGCGGCGGCGGAGCGGGAGCGGGUGCAGUCAGUGUUUAAGAGGCUUUCGUCGGACCCCGUGGCCAUUCGCGUCCACGACGUGGUCAUCAAGGGCAACACCAAAACGAGGGACGAGCUCAUCGAGGCGGAGGUCGCCGACCUGCUCCGCGCCGCCCCCACCGUGCAGGAGCUGCUCCGCGCCGCCAGCGUCGCCACCUCGCGGCUGCACAGGCUCGACGUCUUCGACGCCGUCAAGAUCACGCUCGACGCGGGGCCGCCCGAGCUGCCUGGCACCACCAACGUCGUCAUCGAGGUCGUCGAGGCCGCCAAUCCCCUCAGUGGUAGCGCCGGCGUCUACUCGAAGCCCGAGGCAAGAUCUUGGUCGUUGGAAGGGUCACUUAAGUUGAAGAAUUUGUUCGGCUAUGGUGACAUCUGGGAUGCAUCAGGUUCCUAUGGUUGGGACCAAACUACAGAGGUUGGAGUUGGUGUCUACCUACCAAGGUUUAAAUCAGUACCAACACCGUUGAUGGCCCGGGCAUCUUUGUCAUCACAAGAUUGGCUGAAGUUUUCAUCAUACAAGGAGCGUCUACUUGGGCUUUCAUUUGGUUUGCUUUCAACAAUGAACCAUGACUUGUGUUACAACCUUACAUGGCGUGCCUUAACUGAUCCGUCACGUACUUCAUCAAAGGCCAUAAGGAGGCAGUUAGGGCAUAACCUUCUUUCUGCACUGAAGUACACAUACAAGAUCGAUCAGAGGGAUUCACUUCUCAGGCCAACAAAAGGAUACGCAUUUCAGUCAACUUCUCAAGUUGGUGGUCUAUGGGAUAACAAGGGGUUGAAAUUUUUUCGGCAGGAGUUUGAUGUCCGUGGCGCUGUGCCUUUGGGAUUUUAUAAUGCUGCUCUAAAUGUUGGCGUAGGAGCGGGUGUCAUUUUACCACUUGGACGAGGGUUCAUGAAUUCAUCUUCACCUGUGCCUGAUAGGUUUUUCCUUGGAGGUCAUUCUUCUCCAGUUUGCAGCUUGAGUGGGCUGUCAUCCCUGCUGGGUUUUAGAACAAGAGGAGUUGGCCCCACAGAAGCACGGAGGCUUGUCCCCAGUGAAUCAGACAGUGAUUCUGCUGCCGCUCCAGGAAGGGAUUACUUGGGAGGUGAUCUGGCUGUGUCCGCCUUUGCUGACCUUUCUUUUGAUCUUCCUCUCAAGUUAUUCAGAGAUGCUGGAAUCCACGGUCAUGCAUUUCUCACCGCUGGGAACCUUGCGAAGUUGUCAGAGGGUGAGUACAAGAAUUUCUCAGUUUCUGAAUUUCAGCGCACAUUCAGGAGCUCUGCUGGUGUUGGCAUUAUUUUGCCUACUAAACUUUUCCGGGUGGAGGUGAACUAUUGUUACAUUCUAAAGCAAGCUGAGCAUGACAGUGGAAAGACCGGAAUCCAGUUCAGCUUCUCGUCACCCAUGUAGAAACCUGCCAUGAAAUGUUUUGCAGCCAAAGUAGCUUCUCUUUCCCCUGUAGACUUUGUGUUCGUCCAUUGUUCUUAUCUUACUGAAGCGAUUGCAAAACAAUCGUAGUCGCAUAUCGUCGGCUUUUCUUUUGACGUUUGUUGUUUGGCAUGAGGAGCCUGAGCUAGAUUUGCUCAUUCUUUUUGGUGUAUGCGAAGUUACUUCCCUAUUCUGACAUGAAGGAUUUGUCCUUCACAACUCAAAUACUGCAAUGGUGGAUAGAAUAAAAUUUUGGGCCAAGAAUGUUUACACCAGUU